ACCACAUCCGCGUCCAUCAAGGCAACAUCAACGCGUCAUCUUUCAGCACCACGCGCCAGACACUAGCAUCUACACAAUCAAGUGCUCGAGGGUAUCUUGCAUUCGAACAACAAGCCUAGUUUACUACGCGCCAAAAGGUGGCUGCUCAUCUUUGUCGGCUUUGACCCGAGGCACAACACCACAAGGCUCACGACGACCGACGCAGACGACUUGCAUCUGUGCAUGACGGAUUGAACGAGUACUCGACUCUUUGCAUAGGAAUCGGAUACAGGCCACGGCAAGCCAGGGACAGUUCUCAUCCGCGAGUCCACAACAAACACCCAUCACCCGUCAUUCGCAACAACAACAUCCACCACCUUCCCUACUUCCCCGAGCCCAACAACAGGGCCAGCGGACAGACACGCCGACAGGCUACCUUCACCACGCCUUGGGCUUCCCACAUCCGGCUCACAGCAGCAUAAUGCAGCAGCAAGGCGGAUACCCAGGUGGGCCAGCACCUGGCCCGCCUCCGGGGGCCGGCCAUGCCCGCCAGAUGAGCGGACACGGAGUGCCCAUGCCUCCUCACCAGCCACACCAUCAACGGAGCGGGUCGCAGCACUCGGUCCACUCGGUGCACUCGCAACACUCCCAGCACGGCGGCCCACCCCCAGGGCAUCACAUGCCGCCCGGCCCACCACCGCCCCACUCGCGCACCCACACCCCGCAGCACAGCCAGCACAAUGUGUUCCAGGCGGUCAUGGGCGCGCGGCCCGGCCAGGUGCCGCAGGAGGACGUCGGCGGACCAGGCCAGGUCAAGGUCUACGCGAGCGCGUACUCGCAGAUCCCAGUGUUCGAGGCCAUGAUCCGCAACAUCUCAGUCAUGCGCCGCAUGUCCGACUCGUGGGUCAACGCGACGCAGAUCCUCAAGGUCGCCGGCAUCAGCAAGAGCGUGCGCACCAAGAUUCUCGAAAAACAAGUGCAGACCCAGAUGCACGAAAAGGUUCAGGGCGGCUAUGGCAAGUACCAGGGUACGUGGAUUCCCCUGGAACGUGGACGCAUCCUCGCCGAGCAGUACGGCGUACUCCAGUAUGUCGCGCCAAUCUUCGACUUUGUGCCCCCGCCCACUGGGCCGCCCGCGCUGCCUAUGCGCGGUGGGAGCUCGACGCCGACGGCCAAGACGCCUGGUGCGGGCGGCGGAGCGGGUAUCGUGCCCGGGUCGGCUGGCAGCGCGACUGGCCGCAUGAUCUCGCCGUACGCGCACACUGGCAAUGUCCCACCACCUCCCCCGCCACAGUUUGUCCAGCAGCCGAUGCCCCCUCACGGAGGCUACGACCAGCAUGGGCAGCCGCAGAUGCUCUACCCUCCCCCAGGGCAGCACCCGCAGCAGCCGCAGGGCGGGCACAUGUUCUAUGCCCCGGGGCAACCCCAGCCUCCUCAGCACAUGCAACAUGGCCCCCCACCCCCGCACCACAUGGGCGGAGGCCCGCCCCCCAUGCCGCCCCAAGGCCCUCCUCCUCAGCACCAUGGCGGCCACCAGAGGCAUCCGUCGCAUCCUGGCAUGCCGCCCAUGGGCUACACGCCGGAGCACCAGCCUCGUCGUCUGGAGCCUGCACCGCCGCUUGACAUUGGGCCCAUGCCGAUCCCAAGUGGGGUUCCCCAGGGCCUUGGUCCUGCCGCCACGAUCAACGGUCACGGCGGCGGCGGCGGCGGCGCUGGCCCUGGUCGUCACCCAGUGCCCGGCCUUCCGCCGCCACAAAGCGAUGUGUACAUCGACUCGUAUGGCCAGCCCCAUGGUAUCUCUGGCUCGGCACCGGGCGGCUCGUCCUUUGCCUCAGAUGUCGCCGCGCCACCGGCCAAGCGUCAUCGCGUCGACGGUCAGCCGACAAUCCCAGAGGAAGAGCCGCAGGAGAGCGGGCCUGGCGAGACGGAAGAGGACGACGAUGAGGAUGUUCGCGACAAGCCCCCUCUCCCAGCGUCAUUCCGUCUCUCCAGCAAGCCGUUCAAGCCUCGGCUCAGCACGGCUAGUCACCGUCGCAGGCAGCAGCUUCUGUCCCUGUUUCAGGGCGAUGGCCAGGAGGUCGACGUCCGUGCGGCCUUUGAGCUCGCGCCUGGUGAGCGUCCCGAUUGGGACGUCGACAUGGUCAUCGACGAGCAGGGCCACACGGCGCUGCACUGGGCCUGUGCCCUGGCUAGGAUGGGUGUGAUCGCACAGUUGAUCGAGCUGGGAGCCGACAUUCACCGCGGCAACUACUCUGGCGAGACGCCAUUGAUCCGCUCGGUCCUGACGACCAACCAUGCCGAAGCAGGUACCUUCUCCCAGCUGCUCGACCAGCUCCUGGGACCGUCGAUUCGUACCCUCGACCACGCGUACUGCUCUGUGAUUCACCACAUUGCGCUGUCAGCUGGUCUCAAGGGUCGUGCCGCGUACGCGCGAGGCUACAUGGCUGCGGUGCUCGAGUGGGUCGCCAAGGAGCAGACCAAGGAGCGCAGCCUGGCUGCUGCUGCCGCGGCCACCCCGAGCGCCACGUCCGGUGAACCGAGCCCCGCGGACACGGCCGCGCCAAAGACAGAGAACGGCACAAGCAGCGGCACCGCCCCUGCCCCCAACACGAUCUCUCUCAAGCGCCUCGUCGAUUUGCAGGACGUGCGUGGUGACACGGCGCUCAACACUGCCGCGCGCAUGGGCUCCAAGCCUCUUGUCAACCUCUUGCUCGACGCUGGUGGCGACAAGACCAAGGCCAACAAGCUCGGUCUCCGUCCUGUUGACUUUGGUGUCGAGGUCGAGGCCCUGGCCGUGUCAACCAACGAAGCGACACUUGGAGGGCUCAAGAACGACGUCAAGCGACCAGAGAGGCGAAGCGCGGACGUCCUGAAGAACAUCUCGGCCCUGUUCGAAGACGUCAACAGAACAUUCGACGAGGAGAUGGAGAAGCACAUCGAGUCGCUCAAUGGCGUCGAGAAGUCUGUGCGCGUUGCGACUCGGACGUUGGCAGAGCGAAGACAACAGGUCGAGACUGCUCGGACCCGUCUGGGCACACUUGAGCAACAAGCAGAGCGAGUCGACAAUGGUCGACGCGCACUCGAGAAGCCCGUGGGCGAGUGGACUGGCCGGACACCAUUGCGGACCGAAGCGUCAUUGCCGCCUGCCUUUGAAAUGUUGCCUCCCUCUCUGCCUGGUAUCUCGGACAGCAAUGACGCACCAUCCGACGCACACGUUAGCGAUCCGGCACUGCCUGCGUCCGGUGAUCCCGGGGCGCUUGUCAAGCUGCGGCGAUUGGCUGCGUGGGAGGACCGCGUGGCCAAGCUCCUCGAGGAACGGGCCUCGGACCUUGAGGGUGACAGCGCGGACCGAGCUGUCAAGUACCGCAAGGUUAUCGCGGUAUGCGCCAAGGUGUCGGUGGACCAAGUCGAUGACAUGCUGGAUGGUCUCAUGACAGCGGUCGAGAGCGACGGCCCGGCCAUUGACCUGACACGCAUAGCCGGCGUUGUGCAGCGUUUGCGGGAUGCGCCGACGGUGGCCUAGGGCGGGCGGCGGCCGAGGCGGCCUAGUCUCGGCGUGGGUGGAGAUGGCUCCACGUGACGUGUGCGGCGUGCAGGGCCGCAGUCGCCGGCCCCGGAGUAUUCAUAGGUCUCCAUGACGACGACUACGAUGGUCUGUGCGUUCAGGCUGAUACUGUAGUAGGGAUUCUGUCUCGGCGUGGAAGGGUGGAAGGGGCGGUGGUGACAAGGAGUGCGUUGUGUUUUGUCGAAAUGUAUAACUUUGAC